GCUCGCUGUCAUGAAUAUUAAUUCUGGUAUCAGUUAUUGGCCACUUAUUUAUCCCAAUUGCUUCUGGGCGUCUUUAAAUUCUUCCUCCAUCACUCUCUUUUCUUUCACUCUUUAAAUUGCUCAUCGUCCUAGUCAACCUCAACGCCAUCCUAAACGCCGUCCUAAUUGCCCUUCAUGGUGAAGCUUACACUUCUCUCUCCCAAAGGCAACAAUGGCGUCCGCUUCUUUCCCUGCAUUGGCUACCUCGGCUUGACGCCCCUCAAGUUCGAAGGAGUCGUCCGAACUGAAAUCGAGCAGGAUGGGAAAAAUCUCCCUGCCAAAGAUAUAACAGUCUCUGUUCGCUGUUAUGAGUUUCGGUACGGCCGCUUGGGGACAGCACAAUCCAAUAUUUUGGUAGAGCACUCCAUCACGUUAUGGAGAAAACCAGACAGCCAAGAUUGGGCAGAUAUAGGAAAUGCGGAAUACCCAUUCCGACUUUCCAUGCCACUUCAAACUACUGGUCCCAGCACAGCUCUUUACUUUCAAGAGUAUCGAAUAUGUUGGCGAAUCGAGGCCGUCGUCAAUCACGCUCCCAUUCCGGGCAUCGGUUCUCGCUUGCUUAAACAUUAUGAUCUCUAUUUGAUCCGCCAUGACUUACCAGGAAAUGUGUCUCCUCACUCUCCAGUAACCCCGCCCCCAACAUCUUAUCUAUCCACCAAGUCUAGAGGUCCUUCACUCCGUUAUCGUAUCAUACUGCCCACUAAACCCGUCGGCCCCCUCGACAUCGUUUCUUUACAAGUCACCGUCCAACCACUCGAUCCAGCAGUAUCCAUUCGCAGUGCGACCGCCGUCGUUGAAAGAAGAAUACAAUUCUCAGACUUCCCAACAUCGCCUUCUGGUACUUCGACACCAUCGGGCCCCACAUUAUUGUCACACUCAUACCUCGCAUCAAAUCAAGAACCAAACUCGCAUGAUCAUCACUCUACUGCAGCAAACUCCUACGACAUCACAUCCGCAGCGUCAUCUUCCAAUGAUCUCCACUACCUUUCCUCAACCUCUUCCUUGAUAUCUGACACACGACCUCUUCUGCCACAACAACAAUCAUCAGUGCCUAGUACAUCAUCAGCGACUCACACAAGCGAACGAACAACGGCACAUAUUUUUGCUCAUCUUGAAUCUUCCCAUCGCUUCACUCGGGAUUCUACUGGAACCUGGCGUCAGACUCUCACAUUUUCUUGGCCCGAUGCCAGUCCCAGUAGCCGAUGGACGGUUGGAGAAACACUUCAGACCGGCAUGGCUUCUAUCAGGUUUUUUAUUCGCGUAAAGUUGAUCGUCUCCUCCCCUAACUCGAGCGCUGAAACGGUCGAGCUUGAUGACCAAGAAAUUAUUGUCGUCUCGACCAACGAGGCAAAGCGUCAAUUGGCUCUUUCACGCUAUUCCGCCGCAGGGCAGCACAAGUCUAGGUCUCCCAAACGAUCAAAGCGAGAACGUCCAAAUACAAACACUCAACUACCCUCACCACCUCGUAGCCCUCCUGCAGUCGCCCAAGUACCAAAAAAGGCGCCCAUUACACCUAAAGGCGGCCAUGAACAUGAAAUAUCACAUGGGCAUACUCACAAGAUUUCUUCUGCAUCAUCCCCACAAUCCGGAAGCAAGAGCAAGCUGAAUUCUAUACGCAGACCCCACACUUCUGCCGGGCCCCGGGACACGCCACAUGGGUACGAUUCACGGGGAUAUAACCCUCUUCACAAUCAUAGUAAUCGACACCCUGUCCCUCUGCGCCCCGAAACUGCAUACAGUGGACCCGCCACCAAUGGACGCAGUACUCAUGGUGCUUUCUUCCAAAAGUGGGUGGAAGCUCCACGGCUUGGCCACUCUAGUUCAAGCGCAAGCUCGGAGGGAGCCCACUCGCUAACACCUGAAAGUGCUGCUCGCGCAGACGGUAACUUGUUGUUCGACAAAGUCGGACAAGUGGAGAUGCGUGCGUGGGAGGAGGAACUAGCAAGAAUAGAAUUGGUGAGCCGCAGAAGCACUGCAGAUAUGAUGGAUUUUGUAUCCCAGCGGAGGAAGUUGAACAGCCAACAAGUCGUACGGACAUUUCUGCAAGCGGAAAGCUAGUACACGGAUUCUCUGCAUUCUACAUUAUUUAUCGCCACUACUUUCCGUUGUCAUGCUUUCCUUCUCUAGCAUAGGUUCUCUGCAUAGUCCAUUUUCCAAUCAUCAAUACUAUCAUCAACUUCAUACUAGCACGAUUCACCGUAGAACGUCCAACUCUACUAUCAUAUUGCAUAUUUAUCAAUUUCGUUGGCGCAUGCUCUCGGGCACUGUUUUAAUGAGAUAUCGCAACCUCGGUUUUACCGACGCAGUUGAUGUGUAUACUUGUGGGAGUGCGGUGGUCCAGGUUCCAGGUAUGAUGCGCCAAUGAUGCC